CAGCUACUUGACACACUUCCAAUACUUUAUUAAGUUCAGUUUUGCUUACCUGAAUAUGUUGUAUCUAAAAUAUGAUUUCGAAAUGUAAUUUUCUAAGCACAUUUCAAUAAACAUCUGCCUUUAGUCACGUACAUAGGGAUAUAAUUUAACACACUUUUGUUUCAAUUGAAUAACAAUUCAUAAAACAAUACAAUAAAAAUUUUACUAAUUGUUUGCUAACUAAGAGAUAAACACUCAUCAUUUGUAAUGAUGAUGCAAAUGAUAAUGACUUUUGUGAAAAACAAAGAGGCAUCCAUCAUGGAACUCAGUCUACUUAUCCAAACAUGUUUCAUGUUGGUGAUUUUAUCCCUGAUGGAUCGGGCAGUUGGAGGUGGUCAUCGAAGAAAAUCAAAAAUUGAGGGAAAGUUGAAAGGUGGGAUUUCAACAUGUAAACCACAAGGUGAUCAAAGAAAAGCUAAGGGCAUUCUGGGAUUCAAUCGUACGUUCGUAAUGUACUCUAGUAAGGAUACAGAUGUCCCUCUUAGUGGUUUAACGCCUUCUGAAGAAAUUCAAAAGCACCAUGGCUACUUUGGCCGAGAUAGAGAUGAAAUUGUAGAGUAUGCCAAAUACUUUCUGAGAUAUGUAGAAGAGCACUAUGGCAUAACCUUUCCUGAUCCAAAGGAAGAUGACUUGAUUAAUGGGGAGACAAUUCUCACCAAAGGUUUGAUGUUGAAAGGAUUUGCAGAUCCUUUAGGAGAAUUUCAACUUAUGUUUGAAUCGAAUGGUGAAGAUGUUGUUACAUAUGUUAACCCUCCUCCGUGUUCAGCAGGUGGAUAUAAACUUCAAUUCUUAAAUGACUACAAAUUAAGUUAUUGCCAAGGAGUGAUACCAGCUGGAAGCUCCCUUCUAUACAUUGAUGUCAUAUGUAACACAACUAAAUACUGUGGCCUUGAAGAUCAGAUCAGCUUCACACUAAAUCC